AUUAUGCUGACUCACUUCUCCAUUGUGCUUAAGUAGAUCUGAUGUGUGGCAGAGUCAGAGGGUUGCUGUGUCACUUUUCUGCUCAGAUGCUGUGCAUGGAUUUAUGGCGAUUUUUAAGGGGGGUGAUGUUCUAUAACGGUUGUGACCCUCUUAUACUUUAAUAUGAUAGAGAGUUGUAGGUGUUAUGAUUCUGAUGCUGCUCAAGUGAUCUAUUGAGUAAGGGACAGGGAGGGAAAGGAAGGUGUGGUAGAUAAGAGAGAGUGGGAGAGAUAAGGGAAAGUAGGGGCAUGAGAAGGAGUUGGGGCAGAGAAAGGGGAAAAUAGGAGCUUGAAGGAGAAAGAAAGAGAGAGAGAGAGAGCUGGAGGAUGAGAAGGAAUGAGAUAAACAGGCCGACAGACAGACACAGAGGCAGAGAAAGAGAUAUUGAGAGAGAGGAGGGAGGCAGGGAAGAAGGAAAGAGUGAGAGUCUCUUAAUCUUUCUUCUUUACCCUGUUUCAACUGUUAACAUUACUGUUUUCAGAUCCAGUUAUAUCAGACAACUGCACUCAAAUAGACACCUGUGAGCUAUGCCAGAACAGCUCCUGUUAUUGGGUUCAAUGUGUCAGUGAAGAUCCAAGUUGCCAGGACAACCCUGGGGCUGAAAUGUGUAGCGAAGUCCCUUGCACCAACACCACGACUACUACUACUGAGAUCCCAACAACUACUGAGAUCCCAACGACUGAACCUCCAACAGAACCACCAACUACCAUUUCCCCCCCUCCAGAGACUACCACCCCUCCCACUCCUGCCCCAACAGAGCCUCCGACAACGGCACCCCCUACUGAGCCUCCGACAACAGAACCCCCUACCGAACCUCCUACGGAAGCACCCACUACACUGCCACCGGCAACAACCACUGCAAAGCCCUGCCCGCCACCUGAUGGAAGGCACUUUGAUGCUCCGAGCUUCUUUGGUGGCAUGGUUCUCGCUGUGGGUAUCCUGGCAGUAGCCUAUGCUGCUUGGCGUUUCUACAAGUCUAGGAAUGAGCGUAACUACCAUACCUUGCAGGAAACAGUCCACAUGUAGCUGCCUGGACUGGAGGUGUGAAGCUAGUGCCUACAAUCGUCCUUUGAGUAAAUAUCAAACUACAACUCUCAGAUUAGAAAAGGUAACCACUUGUCACAAAAUCAAAGUUAGAGUAAAUGAUAUAAAAAAAGCAGGGAUAAGUGCCUAAAAAAUAAUGAUAAUAAUAAUAAUGAAACUUUCCUGUUGUAGAUUAUCCUUAAAAGAGGAUGUAUGGAAAUCUUUUUGAUAUUGAGGUGAUAGUUUUCAAAUUGUUCAGUGAUUUAUCUUAUUGUUAGAUUUGAUGCAUUAUUCAAAAGAUAGCAUUGCUCCGCUCACAAAUGCUGGGCGUUGUAUAAAAUGUAGUAUCAUUCCAUUAUGUAAUGGCUGACUCUAAAAUAGUGCAUAAUUUUUAUAUAUAAUUUUUAUAAUUAAUGAUGAAUUUGGAUAGAACAUUGUAGCUGUUUUCACAAAAUCAGGUCCUGGAUGACAAUUGGCAAGGAAGAUAAAUUAUCUGUUGAUAUAAAAAUAUAUAUGAAAGAGCUAAAAAGUAAAAGGAUAGAUUGCCUUAUUAGUGAGUUCAGACGAAUAUAAGAAAUGAAAAAUGCAGCAGUGGUAAGGAAUAUAAGUAACAGUGGAUGAUUGUUGAAAAUGCCUUGUAUUUAACCAAGGAGUGCUGCAAACAAGGUCUGCUUGGGGUGUUUGUGUGUUUGUCUGUAUGUGUGCAUGUGGCUGUUUGGGUGAGUUUAUGAUGUAUGUGCGUAUGGCGGAGUUUACGUGCACCUGGCCAUUGUAUAGGAGUGUUUGUUUUUAUGGAUGUGUGUAAGUGUAUGAAUGUGGCACUUGUAUGUCAUUGCAAGUAUGUGCCUAUGUUUGCAGAUAUAAAAUGAUGAUAAAUGAUUAAUAUUUAAAUGUGCAAUAACUCUAGAGGGAGUGUUUAAUUUAUUGUGUAGGCUCACAACAGAAUAGC